AUGCUGAAUACAACCUCAGUCACCGAAUUUCUCCUCUUGGGAGUGACAGACAUUCAAGAACUGCAACCUUUUCUCUUCGUGGUUUUCCUCACCAUCUACUUCAUCAGUGCGGCUGGGAAUGGAGUCAUUCUGAUGAUUGUCAUCUCUGAUCCUAGACUCCAUUCCCCUAUGUAUUUCUUCCUGGGAAACCUGUCAUGCCUGGAUAUCUGCUACUCUACGGUGACACUGCCAAAGAUGCUGCAGAACUUCCUCUCUACACACAAAGCAAUUUCUUUCUUGGGAUGCAUAAGCCAGCUCCAUUUCUUCCACUUCCUGGGCAGCACAGAGGCCAUGCUGUUGGCCGUGAUGGCAUUUGACCGCCUUGUGGCUAUCUGCAAGCCACUUCGCUACACUGUCAUCAUGAACCCUCAGCUCUGUACCCAGAUGGCCAUCACAAUCUGGACCAUUGGUUUCUUCCAUGCCCUGCUGCACUCCGUAAUGACUUCUCGCUUGAACUUCUGUGGUUCCAACUGUAUCCAUCACUUCUUCUGUGAUGUGAAGCCAUUGCUAAAGCUGGCCUGUGGGAACACGGAGCUCAAUCAGUGGUUGCUCAGUACUGUCACAGGGACAAUUGCCAUGGGCCCCUUCUUUCUGACACUUCUCUCCUAUUUCUACAUUAUCACCUAUCUCUCCUUCAAGACCCAUUCUUGUAGCAUGCUCCACAAAGCACUGUCCACGUGUGCCUCCCACUUCAUGGUAGUUAUUCUUUUGUAUGCACCUGUUCUCUUCACCUAUAUUCAUCCUGCCUCAGGGACCUCCAUGGACCAGGACCGGAUCAUUGCCAUCAUGUACACUGUGGUCACUCCAGUACUAAACCCACUGAUCUACACUUUGAGGAACAAGGAAGUGAAGGGGGCCUUGGUUAGAGUGAUCAGAAGGCUUUGA